GCAACAACGAGUGUGAGAAGCGGCGGCGAGCGCCAGUCGGUCUUGUGGCGUGGCACGGAUCGGAUACCUUAACCAUGGAGUGUGUUCGUCGAAACCCACGGCAAAUGGUCCAGACCCACAUCUUCAUCGUUGUCCUCCUGGCCUAUAUUCUACAAGCGGCUGCACACGACAGCACUGGGCUUCAACUGUGUAACCUCCUGGAGCAGUCUAUCUACUGUACUUGCGAACAGGAAGACGGUAUCCGCACAAAUAGAGCGAACUGCUUUAUAACGAGAGAGACCAAUAAUGACGACUCUGUCUUUAAGGCUUUUAUUGGAGAGGAAUCUCUUACGUACGUAGCGUUCAGUUCGUUUCGUAGACAGCAACAGCUCAACUUCGUUCCCGACGCCCCCCUGCGAUAUAACAGGGACACGCUUGAACACUACAAGAUAUCUCAAGGUACUUUAGGCACGAUACGCUCCAACACGUUUUUCGACUUGCCCAAGUUGGUGGUGCUGUCACUGGAUUCGAACGAUAUCACGGAUACGGAGAAGAAUUCGUUCUCGAACCUUCCCAAGCUCAAGAAACUGGAGCUCGGAGACAACAAACUGGAUACCAUCAGAAGUGACGUUCUGCACGAGUUGCCAAGCUUGAGCUUCCUUUUCCUGGACAGAAAUCAAAUCAAGAGAAUCGAAGACUACGCGUUCAAAUCUUUGCACAACUUAACAGAGUUAGCGCUGGCGGAUAACGCUAUCGAAGAGCUCACUGCUAACACUUUCAGCGGUCUUCACCGUUUGACGAGGAUAGAUCUUUUCAGAAAUAAAGUUAAGCAGUUGGUGGCGUACGUGUUCAGCGAGAUGCCUUACCUUCAAGAGUUGGAUCUCAAGAAUAACGACAUAUCCGAAGUGGAUCCCUUGGCGUUUCACAAGUUGCCCCAGCUAAGAAUUAUUUACCUGGCUAACAACAGACUGCGUAUCCUUCCGGCACACAUGUUUGUAGGUGCCCCGAACCUGAUCUUGAUCGAUUUCUCGGAAAACCAGCUUCAAACGCUCACGUGGAGGACAAUUCAGGAUUUGACGCAGAUCAAUAGGGAAGGCUUCGACUUGCAGCUUAAGGGUAACAAACUGACAUGCGAUUGUCGCAUUGCCUGGAUCCUGCAUCUUUCUGAGACGACCAAGGACCACAAAUUCCGACGGGAGCUACGUCACAUCAAAUGUGAGUUCCACAGCCCUAGCCGGACGAGUACCAAGGUCGCGAGGCUAACCAAGCAGCAACUCAACUGCUCUACGGACUACACACCACCAACAUUCGCUACGACGCCACGUGCGACAUCUGCUCCGCCUCCACCACCACUUCCUUCUACACCAAAGAUGAUGGCACCCAAAGUCUUACAGGGUAACGAACACCACACCGAUGGUGGCGAUAACCGUAUCACAGAGGAUAUCCCCGUGCACACAGAAGAUAAAAGCCAUCAGGACGACGCUGAGCUUACGAAUGAUGUACAAGUAGUGCACAACCAACAGAAAGCUGCCAAUACUCAGGCAGCUGCCUCCAGAAAGAAGAACAGUGGAGCAUCUGCGUCCACUGUGUCCACUUGCGCAGUACUGCAAGUUGUGGUAUCUGCUUUGGUGAGCUUUGCUUGUUCCAGGUGAUACGGCAAAUGAUGUGUGCAAGUUUUUGAGUCAGCUUAACUACUGAGUCUACUGUGUUGGGCGAGACGACUUGACAGAAGGUAUUUUUGUAAACGCUAGAACACAGUUUUUGGCUGUGUUCAAAACUUGUGAUUGUCCAACGUGAUAUCCACCGGACAUCCCGGAGUACACGGACAUGGAGCCGACAGUUCACACGCUGUAUAUUUCUGUUGCGUCUACGAGCGUCCGUAGAUUAAUCAUCGUUGUCUCCAUUGCUACACACCGUUGCUGUACAGUGGCCCUGACAGCGCACUGUUUACAAUCAUUUUUUUCCUUGGUUCCCAGGAUGUGAAAUCACAGCCAGUCGCUUGACUCCUAAGGAGCAAGCGAUGGGUCGUGGUGGAAUGCACAUGUGCCAGGAGUGCACAUGUCUAAAGGUUGGGAAAGAUUCCAGCGAUUGCGGAGGUUUUAGUGCGAACUGCCAAUAGUGGUAAGACAAAAAGGAACCGGUGACAUAGGACUAAGAUAGGUUGGGCACUGAAUGACAUAAGCCACCAGUUGUUAUAGUGCGACAUAUUUUCGAAAUAAAACUGGAGCGAAUAAAGCGAAAUAAAAUGCGUGUGUUACAGAA